GUUAGUUGCAUAUGUAAUUGAUGUAAGCUCCAUUUUAAUUUUAAUUUUAAUUUAUAUAUUAUUAUUUUAACCAUCAAAAUGUUAUUAAUUACAAGUUAGGGCUAUACAUUUACUAAACUAUGAAAUUAACCAUAACUACUUUGUUUUAAAAAUCUUUUUCAUGAUAAUGGAAGUGUUACAAUCACCUUUAUAUAUCUUGUAGUAAGUAAUUGUUUGUGUAUACGAAUGAGUAAACACGGUUUUAAAAAGUACUUUCACAAUAAGCACACAGACACAACACACCUAUAUAAAUAGCUAAAGACUUACUCUCAAUUCUCACCUCAUUUCAUAUCUCGAAACAUAUAAACUCAAAACACAAUCCUAAAUCAGACAGAGACAAUGGUACAACAGCUCAAAUUCAUUCUCACUCUUGAAGAAGCAGCAUCCAAAGGCGUCUCCAGCCCCAGUGACUUCCUGAAGCUGAAAGAAGAUGCGAUUAUUCUGGCUCGGGCUCCAAUCUCCGGAGUCCAAGACGCAGUCCUUGCACUUGCAUCAUCGGAUCGAGUCUUCUUAGGCGUCAAUGUCGAAUUUGAAGGUCUUCCUCUUCACCACUCCAUCAGCUCCGAGCAAUUCCUCGUCGCUAACCUCGCACUCAACUUCGAGCAAGAACUCCACGCUUGUCUUCUUCCGUCAAGAUUCUACCUCGAAAGCUUCGAGGAAGACGUCCCUCUCCUUCUCGUGCCUCAGCAUAACCGCCUCGCCCUAUCGGAUCCCGUUUCCGCAGCAGAGAUCUGCGCAAACCGCGAGCAUUGUUCCCAUCCGAAGUGUAGGGCUCUAACAGCGGCAAACAAAUCGUACGCACAGUACAGCAAGUGUCCGUCGGGGGUGGCGCUGAUUUGCGAAGGGGAAGUGUACAAAGGAUGGUGCAUUGAAUCGGCAGCGUAUAACCUUAGUUUGGGACCAGUACAAGCGGCACUUGUUGAUUUCGUGGCUCGUGGUGAAGGUAAAGGGUUCGAGAUGAUCACCGGAGCGGUGCUGAUGGAGAUGAAUGAUGCGAAUGUGAGUCAAGAGGCCACGGCGAGGGUUCUUUUAGAGACUAUAGCCCCAGGGUGUGUUUUGAAUGUCUUCCAUUGCUACAAGACCGCAGAAAAUUGAAGCAUGUUUAUGGUGCCUGGAUGAUAGAUAACUGAUGCAUAUUUAUACUAAGAUGAUAGAUAAAAAAAUGAUAAUAUAAAGGAGAAUAAUAAACUAAUGGGGGAUUUCACUUCUUGUCCUGCUGCUUAAACUUGUGAUGAUAAAAUAGUAUAAGCUUAAUUA